UUCCAGUCCUAAAACAAGUUCCUCUCCCUGCACAGGCAAGGGCAACUGUGGGUGAAACAGGUGUCACUUUCCUCCCUGCAUCUCUGCUGCUAGGACAGGACAUCAGCAGCAUUCUUGGCACUACAAAAAGAGCUGAAAAUCCCUCUUCGAGUUCUGAUUUCCCUGCAGCUCUCUCUACAGGUGCAUGGUGUGUUAACGGGCCCAGCAUCUGGCACAGACGGCGAUCCUCAGCUCCCAUCAGGUUAUUUAACGUAUAUGCUUUUUUCUUCCCUCUGCCCAAAUGCAUCAAGUUAAAAAUAUCUUGUUUAUGAGCUCUGGACCCAAGAUGAAGCAGUUGGGUCAUUAAUCAUCGGGAAUAUGUUGAAUAGGAACUUGAUUAAAGCACAGGAUGCGUUCCCCAGACAAAGUUGUUCUUUGCGGUCACCGCAGUGGAAGCUUGGGCCUCCCUGGCCGUGUUUUCAGCUGCGCCUCCUUUUGGGCCCCUGGGAGGGUCGUAGCGUCUCGCCAGACCUAAGAAAGCGCUUCGCGGGGUCUCCACCUGCGCGGCCGAGGAUUCCCAGGCAGGCACACCUCCAGCCAGCACUAGGGGGUCAGAAGGUGAGGAGACAACGGGCCUCGGCUCAAGAAGCCCCAGGGGCUGAGCCAGGUGGAAGCUGGAGACUCAAGUGCUCCCGAGGCCCCACCUGCCCACCACCGAACCUCGCCCUGGGGCGGGCCGCCACGUGGCCGGGGAGACAGCGCCGCAACUCCUCCAUGCGCAGCACUGAGCACGGGGACGGCGCGUGCCCUAAGAGACAGAGGAUCCUGGGGACCCUGGGCCCCGAGAGCCAGGCGGCAGAGUCCUCCAAGUGGGUGCUCCGGCCCCUUGGCCCUGGCUCCCUGACACCCCAGCUCCGGCCGUGGGCGCGCCCCUGAAUUGACAGUGAGGGACGAAAGCUGCGGCUUUGGGCCACGCGGAUUAUGGGAUUCGCCACGGGAUCCCGGUCCUGAAGUCAAGCUCGCCUCCCCUCUCCCCGUGCCUGCCUUCUCCCCGUGCGCUCGCACGGGUGUCCAGCUCGGUCCAGCUCGGCCCAUCUCGGGCGACCACCUGCCCAUCCGGAAAGAAAAAAUUGGCCGAAAGCAGCACGGGCCUCCCGCGCCUUAACAACCCCCGCGCUCCGGCCUGGAGAAGUAAUUUAAAAGAAAGUUUUCCAGGGCGGCUGGACCGGCUCGGUCCGCCAGGUUCCCGAGUCGCGGCCGCCUCAGUACCCCGCAGGGUCCUAGUGCCCUGCGCUGCCCGGCCCGUGGGACCUCGCAGUAUGGUACUCAGAGGCAGGCGGGCGAGAGGGGCUUCUGAAUGGCAUCUGAGGGGUCGCUUGGAGAUCAGAACUAGCAGUCGCCGAGUCUCCGCUCUCCGGGUCUCUCUCCUCGGCGGUGUGCGCCGGGUGGCGGGUCGGAAGCUGUCCCCGCCGCUCCGCGCUCUGGGACAGACACCGCGCUCUGGGACAGGCCUGGUUCUGAGGACCGAGACUCGUCCUCCACCGAUCCCCGGCGCGCCCUCUGGGUGCUCCGGGCUCUCCGGCUGUUAGCUGGAAGUGAAUGCUUUGCGGAGGCCGAUGGGGUGGGCCGCCACGAGUGCGCGAGGGAACCGCUCGUCGGCGGUGCGGCGCAGCACGGCCUCCAAGCUUCGGCUCGCGCGCUGGAGGCAGUGGGCGUUGCGCCACCGCCUCUGCGCUCCCUCACCGCUCGCGGCCCUUCCGAGAGGCGGGCGCUAAGACCCGGCAGGCUCCGCUCUGCCCUCGCCCUUGGUCAGAGAGCGGCUUGGACACCAGGGGGCGACGGCUGACCCGGUAUAAAAGCGGGGUUCGCGCGGGCCUGGCCAUUCGCGACCCGGAGCUGCGCGGGCGCGAGCGAGGAAGGGCUCCGGGUGGGCGGUGGACGCGGCGGCGCCCCGCGCAGGCUGGAGGCCGCCGAGGCUCGCCAUGCCGGGAGCACUCUAGCUGUCCCAUGGAGUCGGCCGACUUCUACGAGGCGGAGCCGCGGCCCCCGAUGAGCAGCCACCUCCAGAGCCCCCCGCACGCGCCCAGCAGCGCCGCCUUCGGCUUUUCCCGGGGCGCAGGCCCCGCGCACCCCCCUGCCCCACCUGCCGCCCCGGAGCCGCUGGGCGGCAUCUGCGAACACGAGACGUCCAUCGACAUCAGCGCCUACAUCGACCCGGCCGCCUUCAACGACGAGUUCCUGGCCGACCUGUUCCAGCACAGCCGGCAGCAGGAGAAGGCCAAGGCGGCCGCGGGCCCCGCAGGAGCAGGCGGUGACUUUGACUAUCCGGGCGCCCCGGCGGGCCCGGGCGGCGCCGUCAUGUCCGGGGGGGCGCACGGGCCCCAGCCCGGCUACGGCUGCGCGACGGGCGGCUACCUGGACGGCAGGCUGGAGCCCCUGUACGAGCGCGUCGCGGCGCCCGCGCUGCGGCCGCUGGUGAUCAAGCAGGAGCCCCGCGAAGAGGACGAGGCGAAGCAGCUGGCGCUGGCCGGCCUCUUCCCUUACCAGGCGCCGCCGCCGCCGCCGCCGCCUCACGCGCACCCGCCGCCCGCUCACCUGGCCGCGCCGCACCUGCAGUUCCAGAUCGCGCACUGCGGGCAGACCACCAUGCACCUGCAGCCCGGCCACCCCACGCCGCCGCCCACGCCCGUGCCCAGCCCGCACUCGGCGCCCGCGCUCGGCGCCGCCGGCCUGCCAGGCCCGGGCGUCGCGCUCAAGGGGCUGGCGUCCGCGCACCCUGACCUCCGCACAGGCGCGGGGAAGGGCAAGAAGUCGGUGGACAAGAACAGCAACGAGUACCGGGUGAGGCGCGAGCGCAACAACAUCGCGGUGCGAAAGAGCCGUGACAAGGCGAAGCAGCGCAACGUGGAGACGCAGCAGAAGGUGCUGGAGCUGACCAGUGACAAUGACCGCCUGCGCAAGCGGGUGGAACAGCUGAGCCGCGAACUGGACACCCUGCGGGACAUCUUCCGCCAAUUGCCGGAGAGCUCCUUGGUCAAGGCCAUGAGCAACUGCGCGUGAAGCGCGCGGCAGCAGAUCGCCCUGGGCCGGCCCUUGCCGGGACCCGGGGAGUGGUUUCGGGUCGCCGGAUCUCAAGGCCUCCCGGGCCCUGCGAGCCACGACUAAGACAUUCCGGUGCCUCCUGAAAGCCUGGCCUGCUCCGAGUGUCCCUUCCCUUUCUCUGGCCGGACUUGGUGCGUUUAAAAUGAGGGAAUGAGAUGGUGGUUUCUCCCUGGGACAGGGGAGAAUUCUUGGGGCCGAGCUGGGAGCCCAGCGACUCUAGUAUUAAGGAAUAACCUUGUGCCUUGGAAAUGCAAACUCGCUCUGAUUCCUACCAAGUAGGGGGAGCAAACACGUGCCUUGAUAUUUUAUUUGGAGGGUUCCUGCCUCCUCUGAGGCUGCAGGAAGUCCCCAGGAGAGAAGGCAGGGUGCAGGCCCAUCAGGAAGCUGAGAUCCUAACCAUCUAGCCUUACCGCUCCUCCGUGCUGUGCUGUCCAUAGAGGGGAGGAGGCUUCGAACAUAAGGUUUUAUCCUAGUUCUAAGCCGGAGGUGGCGGGCCGAGAUUCCUUGCCUCUCUCACCUCCACCUACCCCAUGUCAGGCUACAACUUGUGGGGCUGCUUGGGUUAGCACUCACCAGGGGGCUAGCAGGAGACCCCCAACCCCAGUCCCACUAGAAAGCUAGGUCCUGAGUUGGCCCUAAGGACUGGUGUUCUAGGGGGGUGGUGACCUGGUGGAGAAGAGAUGUGGUCUUGGGGUGGGAGGGUAGAGGGAUACUGGGACUGUCGGCCUUGUCUGUACUGUAUGUCACCAGCAUUGCCGAACGAACAUGAAGCACAAUCAGUCCAUCCCAGAGGGACCGGAGUUAUGACAAGCUUUCCAAAUAUUUUGCUUUAUCAGCCGAUAUCAACACUUGUAUCUGGCCUCUGUGUCCCAGCAGUGCCUUGUGCAAUGUGAAUGUGCACGUCUAUGCUAAACCACCAUUUUAUUUGGUUUUUGUUUUGGUUUGGUUUUGCUCAGAUACUUGCCAAAAUGAGACUCUCCAUCAGCGGCUCGGGGGAGAGACUGAGCCUCUCUUUCCUUUUGGUUUUGGGGUUGCUUUUGCCCCCCCGGGGAACCAAUGAGGUCAGAAGGGCUUCCCCUUCCCCCUAGGCUUUCCCUGUCCUGGGUUGUGGGCCUCCUGGGCCUCCACUACCUCUGGCUGGGGCUGCCCGCAGGCUUGUCCCCCAAGAGGCCCUGGCUCCGGGUCUGGAAGGAAGUGCCCUCUGGCCAGUGUGUACACAUCGCCGAGGCUAGGAGCAGGGAAGGACCACUUGGCCUCUUUGGGGGAAAGCAUAGAGUUUCGUGUUAAAUGUUUUAUGUAUUAUAUCUAUAAUAUAAACAUAUCAAAGUGAA